AUGGCUUCCUCGGCCCAAGACAUUGUGAGAAUUCUGCAUGCCGCUGGGGGUUUCAUCCCCGAUGUCGACAGCAGCGAGUAUUAUGUCGUCGUUGAAGAGAGCAACGAACUGAGCGAAAUGCACUGGUUCGGAUCCCAGCUCGCCGGUGAGACCUUUAUCGCAUCGGAGAUCAGGGCUCAUUCGCCUGCUGUCUAUGCUGUCCAUGAUACUACACGGUCCGUCUUCUGCGUCGGCGAGAAUGAUGCGCUCAGGCUUUUCACGCUGUGGGAAGACGAGUGGCAUGAGGUCACCCUCACCGGAAGAGGAAAUAUCCUGGUGCAUCCCUCAAGCAGAAUGAGCGGAUGCGUUGAUGGCAGUGACACUCUGGUGUUUUUUGAGGACUACAAAGGCCAAAUACGAGGCAUUCGGGUCCAAGAGGAUGGAAGCUGGAAAUUCCUCCGCUCUCUUGAUGUGGCCUCUCAGCCGGGAAACCCUCAUCUUGCUCAGGUUCAGAAUGGUGUCGUUUACCUGAGUUACAUGAACCGAGACGGUUAUAUCCAUCAGGCAGGCAUAGGGAUCACAUCCAACUUCUACUCCGAUUCCCUUCUGCCGGGUGCAUUGUUCUCCGACACUCACAUCACGAACUUUAUUGUCAGCGUGCAGAAUAAGAAGAGGGAUGGGACUUCAAACGCGCCCGAUGAGCCGCAGGAUCAGGAAGAAUUCUACCUCCUCGCUUUGACUAAGAAAGAUAAGGACAAGGAGCCAGAGGAGCUAGAGUGCGUGGAUGGUAAUGGAAAGCGGACGCUAUUGGGCAGAAUUAUCCACGGCAUCUUUGUCUGGAUCUCAGACAAGGAGAGCAAUGGGUCUGCUAUCAAAGCUGCAACUGCUGCAGUGACGUCUGCUACGGGAAAACCCAAGAAGAGGAGGUAG